AUGUGGAUAAAGCCUGUAGAGACUCGGCUUUCAGGACUUUGGUCAACUGAUCGAGCUAACCCGUAUUUUAUAUUACAACGUCGUCGUGGUCAUGAUGAACGACGUAGUGGUUUAACUAGUUUUCUUGUUGCCACGUUUGAUACUGUCUUAGAUAAAAUGAUUCAUUAUCGUAUACUUUAUAAACGACCCGAUUCUGAAAUUUAUUAUUCAAUAGCUGAAGCCAAUACAAAAGAAGAUAUUGAAGGAAAUUGGAAAUGGAUUGAAAUAAAUAUAAUGCCAACACUUGAAGGAAUUGCUGUUGCUGAUGAUAUAAGUGAUUUUGUACAAUGGAAAAUAAAAAGUUUAUGUACAGAAGCUAUUACGGAAGAUAUUGAAGAUUUGGAAACAGAAAAAUUUAAAAAAGCAACAAAAAGAUUUUAUAAUGUAUUUAAAAUGUCAAUGGAUGAAAAACUUGUUAUUUAUUAUUCAUGUUCAUAUUGGCAAGGUCGUGUACCUCGACAAGGUUCUAUUUAUUUAUCUGUAAAUUAUCUAUGUUUUCAUUCGGAUUUACUUGGAAAAGAAAUAACUCUUAUAAUUAAAUUUACAGAUAUUAUUACACUUGAACGUACACAUAAUAUUGUAUCGGAAUCAAUACGUGUAUGUACACGUUUACAUGAAUAUAGUUUUGGAAUGUUUAGAAAAAUUGAAGAAACAUUUCAAAUAAUGGAACAAAUAGCAAAUUUUGCUGCAAAAAAAUUAUUAUCACAAAAAGGUGCAUUUCGAGAAGAAGAUCGUUUUCCAGCUGUUACAAAAAAAACAGCACCUAAAGUAAUAUCUCAAUUAAAACGUGAUUUUGAUGCUAAAUCUCGUAAUGAAGCAUAUCGAUCUCGUUUUCGUUUACCAUUAAAUGAACGUUUAGAUGGUGAAAUAGCAUGUCAUUUAUGGACACCAUAUAAUCGUUCAAGUAUAUCUGGUAAACUUUAUGUUUCAUCGAAUUUUAUUUGUUUUGCUAGUAGACUUCAUCGUCAAGUAAAUUUAAUCAUUCCAUUUCGCGAUAUAAUCAUUGUUGAAAAACAUUCAAAUAAUUCCAAUGUAUCAAAUUUUGAUAUUCAAUCAGCAAUUGUUAUAACAAUAAAAUAUGAAGGUGGUCCAUUUAUUUUUUCAAAUUUUGUUGAUCGAUCAUUUAUUCUUAGUAAAUUAUCAACUUUAUUAUCAGAAUAUAAUGAAAAAAUCAUAUCAAUUAUAAAUCUUCCAUCAAUAACUAUAUCUUCUCCACUUUAUUUACAAUUUAAUAAUAAUAUAACUGAAGAACAACAAGCAUUUGAUAAAAUUCGAGAAGCUGCAUGGUAUACACAUUUUGCUAUUUAUGGAAAAGGUUCAGCUAUGUAUCGAACAAAUGACUUAUAUGAAUUAUUAUUUCAAGGAAUACCAAAUUCAUUACGAAAUGAAUUAUGGCUUUUAUUUAGUGGUGCUAUAUAUGAUAAAGAAGCAAAUCCGAAUAUUUAUAGAAAAUGUGUUUAUGAUUCAUCAAAUGUUAAAACUGAUCAAGAUAUAAUAAAUGAAGAAAUUGAACGUGAUCUACAUCGAGCAUUACCAGAUCAAAAAGCAUAUCAACAUGAAGCAGGCAUUAAUGCAUUAAGACGUUUAUUAAGAGCAUAUGCUUGUUAUAAUAUAGAUGUUGGUUAUUGUCAAGCUAUGAAUAUCAUUGGUGGUGUAUUAUUACUUUAUAUGAAUGAAGAAGAUGCAUUUUGGACAUUAGCAGCAUUAUGUGAAAGACUUCUACCAGAUUAUUAUAAUAUGAAAGUAGUUGGAGCAUUGAUAGAUCAAGGUGUAUUCAAUGAUUAUUGUAAAGAAUAUUUACCUGAUUUAUAUGCUAAAUUAAAACAUCUUGGUAUAGCUGCAUGUAUUAGUCUUUCAUGGUUUUUAACUCUAUUUGUUUGUGUUAUGCCAUUUGAAUCAGCAUUAUAUAUUAUGGAUAUAUUUUUUUUUGAUGGUAUAAAAGUAUUAUUUCAAUUAGCAUUAACAAUAUUAAAUGAAAAUCGUCAACAUUUAUUGGAAUGUCAAGAUGAUGGAGAUGCAAUAAUGAUAUUAACAACAUAUUUAGAUCAAUUUAAUAAUCAUAAAUAUGAAAAUAAUGAAGAAAAAAAAAUUAUUUAUUUAAUUAAAAAAUCUUAUACAAAUUAUAAUGGUGUUAAUGAAGAAGAUAUUAAUCGUUUACGUUUAAAACAUCGUUUAAAAGUUAUACACAAUAUGCGUGAAUCAUUAUUACAAUCAGCUGCAAAAAAUACUGCAAAAUAUACAAAAUUUAAUGAACAACAAAUAAAAAAUAUUUUUUAUAUUUUUAAAGAUGUUUCACGUAUAUCAUUAACAGAAGCAAAUGAUCCAAAAAAACUUGCUUAUGAAACAUAUAGAAUUAAUCGAGAUGAAUAUUUAAUUUUAUGUAAAUAUUUAUCACCAUGGUUUAUUGGUGAUGAACCAGAAAAUUUAGCAAAUAAAUUAUUUGAUUUAUUUAAUUUAAAUGUUCAAUCAAAUCAAAUUGAUUUUAUUCAUUUUAUUCGAUUAUGGAACAUUUUAUGGAAUGAAGAUUUUAAAGAUAAAUUAAUUAUUUUAUUUCUUUCACAUUUAGAAGAUGAAAAUAAAAGAAAAGAAGGUUUUAAGAUUUUAUUAGAACCAACAUCUGUUCGUUCAUCAUCAGAAACUAGUGAGAAAGAAGAAAUACCAUCAUUGUACAUAGAAAAUGGAGAGAUUACAUAUGUUAAAUCUAGUCAACUACCUUUGAUGAAUCAGACUGAAGUUAUACAUCUAUGUAAAUCAAUAUAUAGUUUAAUGACUGGAGCUAUUGAUGAUGAAAAUUUAUUUAAAGCGCUAACAACUUCAAGUACACUUCUUUUAAAAAUGGGUGAAAUGUGUAAAUCUCCUCCUCAUCAAGUUGAGAUAGAUGAUAAUAAAAAAGAAAUAGAAAAUGAAUGGACAAUUAGUUUUGAACAAUUCGAAGCUGCAAUGAAUGCUGAAACUUGUUUAGUUACAUGGUUUGAAAAUAAUAAUGGUAAUAAUUUAUCACUUGAAACACGUAUUAAUAAUUAUCAUCAAGAUACUCAACGAUAA